AUGUUCAAGAACUUGGCUGGAUCAUUCCGCGCUGUCAGCCGUGUCGCUUUCAAAACACGCCCAUCCCUUGUUCGUUCGUAUGCAGCCUUCGACCGUUCGAAGCCUCAUGUCAACAUUGGAACCAUUGGUCACGUUGAUCAUGGUAAGACCACUUUGACCGCUGCUAUCACCAAGGUUUUGUCGGAAAAAGGAGGUGCUAAUUUCUUGGAUUACGGCUCCAUCGACAGAGCUCCAGAAGAGAGAGCCAGAGGUAUCACCAUUUCCACUGCCCAUGUUGAGUACCAAACUGAUAAGAGACAUUAUGCCCACGUUGACUGUCCAGGUCACGCCGAUUACAUUAAGAAUAUGAUUACUGGUGCCGCCCAGAUGGACGGUGCCAUUAUUGUUGUUGCUGCCACUGACGGUCAAAUGCCUCAGACCAGAGAGCACUUGUUGUUGGCCAGACAAGUUGGUGUGCAACACUUGGUAGUUUUUGUGAACAAGGUGGACACCAUUGACGAUCCCGAGAUGUUGGAAUUGGUCGAGAUGGAAAUGAGAGAAUUGUUGAGUCAGUACGGUUUCGAUGGUGACAACACCCCAGUUAUCAUGGGAUCUGCUUUGUGUGCUUUGGAAAGUAAGCAGCCAGAAAUUGGUGUGCAAGCCAUUGAAAAAUUGUUGGACGCUGUCGAUGAGCACAUUCCUACUCCUACCCGUGACUUGGAACAGCCAUUCUUGUUGCCUGUUGAAGAUGUGUUCUCCAUUUCUGGUAGAGGAACUGUGGUUACUGGUAGAGUCGAAAGAGGUUCGUUGAAGAAGGGUGAGGAAAUCGAGAUUGUUGGUGACUUUGACAAGCCAUUCAAGACCACUGUGACUGGAAUUGAAAUGUUCAAGAAGGAAUUGGAUGCUGCUAUGGCUGGUGACAAUGCUGGUAUCUUGUUGAGAGGUGUCAAGAGAGACGAUGUCAAGAGAGGUAUGGUUUUGGCCAAGCCUUCCACCGUCACUUCUCACAAGAAGGUGUUGGCUUCCUUGUACAUCUUGAGUAAGGAAGAAGGUGGCCGUCACUCUCCUUUUGGUGAGAACUACAAGCCUCAAUUGUUCAUCAGAACUACUGACGUUACCGGUACUUUAAGAUUCCCAGCCGGCGAGGGUGUCGACCACUCGCAAAUGGUUAUGCCAGGUGACAAUGUUGAGAUGGAAAUUGAGCUUGUGAGAAAGACACCACUUGAAGUCAACCAGCGUUUCAACAUCAGAGAGGGUGGUAAGACUGUGGGUACUGGUUUGGUGACCAGAAUCAUCGAGUAA